AUGUCUUGGCUGAUUAGUUUGGAGGGAAUUGAUGGCAGCGGAAAGACAACUCUGAUUAAGAACCUUAAAAGAAAAACCGAAUUUGAAUUAAUAACUCACAAUAGCACUUUUGUUUACCAAGGAUUAGAAGGAAACAUAAAAAUUGAUACUAUUCAAGAAAUCGCACAGAAAACCAUUAAUUUACCUUUUCCUGAUAUUACUUUCAUUUUAGAUAUUGAUCCUCAGAAAGCGCAAGAAAGACUAAACAAAAGAAAAGUAGAAACUGGAGAAUAUACUAACUGGGAUAAUUUGAAAUUAGAAUUUCACCAGAGGAUAAGGAAUAAUUAUCUUAAACUGAAAAAACUUUUCCCGGAGAGAAUUUAUAUUAUUGAUGCCAGUAAAAGUGAAAAUGAAAUAGUUGAAGAAAUAGAGAAAAAUGAAACCGCUGAAGAGGCCGCUAAAAGGGAAGUUUUCGAAGAAACAAAUUUAGUGCUAGAAGAUUAUGAAAAGAUUAAUGAAAAAAAUAAAUCAGCGACAAUCAACACUCUUGGAAAUUUUAUUUGGAAAAAAUUAGAAAUCAUGGAUAAAAGACCAUUGUUAAUCAGCAUUGAAGGAAUUGACGGCAGUGGUAAAACUAGCCUUAUUGAAAGUUUAAAACAAAAGAUCCCUAAUUCUUUCGCUACUCAAUCACCCCGUGGCACUGAGUUAGGAAAAAAAGUUUGA